AAUUGUAGGUCACCGAAUGCGAAUGGUUACACGGAGAAAAAAGUAUUGCUAUUGUAGCGAUCCAGUGGAUCGUGAACGUAGUAUUGUGAUUAGCUCAAAACAGUAUUGUCAUUUUCACAAUAUUAUAACCUGAUAUACUCAAUACUUCGGAUUCUUAUAUUCACUUGCCGUGGUAUGUGAAUAUGUAAAAACGUAUUGUGAUCAUAAAGAAACGUUUCCUUACUACGGUGAAACGGAUCGUGAUUAUCACGAUCCACGACGCCUUCAGCGCCACCACGCAUAACCAAGUCUGAAACUUACGAGUGGAUUUCCUUGACUAAGGUGAAAAAUUUUUGUAAAAAUGUCUGGAAUAUAUGCGCUUAUUUUUUGGACCAAAUCAAAACAAUUACAGACAAUUAAAACUUCAAACAUACCUGUCCAUUCACGAUAUGAAAACGCUAGUGUAAAGUUAAAGUGGAAAAAUGAACGAUCAAAAUUAUUUGAAGUGUUAGAUUCUAAAAUUUUGAAAAUAAGUGAUGAUAAAGAUUUGCUGGACAAUAUUUCUGUUGAUGAAAAUACUGGUCGCGGAUUUAUAGGAUCAGAAGUGAUAAUGAUGAUUAUGAUGACGAUGACGAUGAUAAUAAUGAAACUGGUGAUAAUAAUGAUGAAAAUUAUUUCAAAAACUCUUCAAUUGAUUCAUAGUUAUAUAUAG